AUGACAGCCUCCAUAGUCAAAGCAGCCGAAGCAAAACGAUCUCCAUUGAUCCUCCUCCUGUUUCCUUUUACUCUGAGACAACUACCAACUCUAGCCUGGGCAGCAUCCGUAGCUACAAAAUCAGCGACUGUUCCGCUCUCACUACAUCUCGAUCAUGCACAAGACGUAUCUCAGAUUGAAGUGGUUGUUAGAACUUUACCUUUCGACUCUAUUAUGGUCGAUAUGAGCCACUAUGAUCACGAAGGAAAUCUUGGCAAGACCGCUGCACUGACGGAGUUGUGCCAUGAGCGGGGUAUCGCCGUUGAGGCUGAGAGUGGACGGAUCAAUGGAGGGGAAGAUGGCAUUGCCGAUACUGGUGAUCUUGAAGUCCUGUUUACUACUCCCAAGGAAGUAGAGGACUUCCUCAAAGCAGGCAUCGAUAUUCUCGCCCCAAGUGUUGGCAAUCUUCAUGGCGACUAUGGUCCCAAGGGACCAGAACUUGACCUUGCCAGACUCUCAUCCAUUUAUCAACAGAUCCGUGGACGUGCAGCCAUGGCGCUUCACGGGACAAAUGAUUUUACCGCUGAGAUCAUGCAGGACUGCAUCAAAGCUGGCACCGUGAAGCUCAAUGUCAACAAGUUACUUUUGGAGGUUUGGCACGUCCAUUUGAAGGAUAAUACACAUAAGCCUUUUAUGCAGCGUGUAGAUGAAGGGAUAGAGAUACUACAGGCUGAGGUAGAGAGAUGGAUAGAAAUUUGCGGAAGUGCUGGUAAGGCAUAG